UUACUAAGCAUCCGGUUGCAUCAUCCGUGACUGCGCCAAAGCCGAGCCAAAGCGACUUGAACUUCACCACGACCAACCAUGCCUCUCUUCAACCGCUCAAAGAAGCGUAGCGACUCCUCCGAAAAUGGCCAAGAUCAGAAUGGAGGGAAGAAGGAGAAAGGAAGCUGGAGGAAACCAGCAAAUACUGCGUUCAAACAGCAGCGUCUUAAGGCGUGGCAGCCUAUCUUGACGCCAAAAACUGUUCUCCCUACCCUGUUCAUUAUUGGGAUUAUCUUUGCACCGAUUGGCGGCUUGUUGGUGUGGGGCAGCAGCCUUGUGUCGGAAAUGACAUUCGACUAUACGACUUGCUGGAAUCUGACAAGUUCGACGUCGCCCAGCAGCCUCACCUUCACGGACAUGCCUUACACGUAUAGCCUACGAUCAUCAGACUCGGACAAAACGAUCACACCUCCCCAAUUCGCUUACUACUAUAAUGACACAGCACCAGAGGCCCAGAAACAUUCAUGCUACAUCAACUUCGACGUCGUAUCUGACCUGGCUGCCCCAGUAUUCCAGUAUUACAAGCUCACUAACUUCUACCAGAACAACCGUCGAUAUGUCCAGAGUUUGGAUACCUCUCAAUUGCAGGGUGACUAUGUCUCCGCGAGUACUCUCAGUGGCAGUAAUUGCCAGCCUCUUGGCUCCAAUGCAGACGGAAAGGCUAUCUACCCCUGCGGAUUGAUCGCUAACUCUGUUUUUAAUGACACUUUCUCUAACCUUACGUUUAUGGGUGACUCGUCAGGCAAUUCCAACUAUACUUUCACAUCUUCUGGCAUCGCCUGGCCUGGCGAGGCUAAGAAAUACAGCGCAACGUCAGGUUACACCAAUAACUUGGAUGAGGUUGUACCUCCUCCGAACUGGGCGCUGCGGUUCCCAAGCUACCCCAACGCUAGUUCCAUACCAAACCUGCAAGCGGACGAGCAUUUCCAAAACUGGAUGCGGACGUCAGGUUUGCCGACGUUUAGCAAGCUUUAUGGGCGCAACGAUACUGGGACCCUACUUGCGGGCCAAUAUCAAGUCCUUGUCUAUAUGAAUUAUCCGGUUCAGGGCUACAAGGGAACGAAAUCUCUCAUCAUUUCCACGGUGUCUUGGAUAGGUGGGAAGAACCCAUUCUUGGGUUGGGCGUACGUUGCAGCGUCGGCUGUCUUUGUGUUCCUUGCAUUAGCGGGCACUAUCCGACACGUUCUCAAGCCGAGACGUUUGGGAGAUAUGUCAUUGCUAUCUUGGAACCGAUAGAGCGUGUUGGAUUUCAUGAACACUCGUAUGUACUGGAGGCUGGCCGAUUUGACCCUGUAAUAUCAUUUUAUGAACUUACCCCCGCCGCACAUCAUAUAUUAUCUAUUCCAUGGGUUAGAGUGAAGGGGUAUAACCGAUGCCGUCGCAGCUUAUAAUGACGAAACCUGAUGGAUUCUCCUCGAGAUGAAAUGUAGCGCCGGACAUUUGUUCCGCUAUUUUUAUUGCAGUUCUA